AAUUCCCUGUUAUCUAAAAACAAUAAAAAAUUAAAAACACGUCGAAUUGACGGAUAGACGAAUGUGUUUUUUUAAGUCUUCAGAAUGUUGUGGUUGUUAAGUGUCACAUAAAUUAUGUAGGAGAUGGUUAAUCUCAUCUGGAAUUAGGAACAUUUGGAAGAGUAGUAAUCAAUGAUUCAAACUAUUACUAUUCAAUGAUGCCUUCCUCUUCUCGCCUCGGUGUUCCCCCCACACUUUCCUCGCAGACCAGUUGGACGGAUGACCUGCCUGUCUGCAGAAACUCAGGAGCUGGGUUUUCCACCAAUCAAAUCUACCAGGAGGAUGGUCACAGACGAGAAGAACAUCCUUUUGAGGACCAGUGUUUCCACUGCCGCUCGGAUGAGAAUACAUCAUUAUAUUGUGUGUUUGACGGACAUGAAGGUGUCUCUGCUGCUGAGUUUGCCUUGCAAAGGAUGGCAGCUGAGUUGCUCCUGGGUCAGUUGGAAGAUGCAAGAUCUGAUGCUGAUGUACAGGAGAUUUUGAGGCAAGCUUUUAACUCAGUCGAGAAGAGCUACAUGGAAACUAUGGAUGACUUAGUAGCAGAGAAAACAAGCCUAAUUUUUGAGAUCCCUGAUGGUCUAACCUCUUAUGAAGCAUAUCAAAAAUAUCCCCGAGUGGUAGAGAAACUCAAUUCUAUCAACACAGAGCUAUCCUGUGGAACAACGGCUGUGGCUGCUCUCGUUCACAAUAACAAGUUGUUUGUGGCAAAUGUUGGUGAUUCCAGAGCCCUUCUUUGUAAAACAGACCCAAAUGGUGCGCUCAAAGUAGUCCAACUGUCAGUUGAUCACGAUUUAUCAAAUCAGGAUGAAGUUCUUCGACUAGCUCAAUUGGGAUUAUCUCUUGAUAAACUUAAAGCAGGAAUGCGACUUGGCAAUCAAGAAAACACACGGUGCCUUGGAAACUACUUGGUCAAAGGUGGCUACAAAGAAUUUGAGGAUUUAUCUCCUGCAAUCUCUGAACCAGUUUUAGCGGACCCAGAAAUCCACGAGACAAUCCCUCUUGAUGAAUCCUGCAGGUUUUUGAUGCUUAUGUCUGAUGGAUUAUACAAGUCUUUAGAGGAGGCAUCUGGUUCCGGUCAAGUCAACCAAGAGCUUGCCUUAUUGGCUGUUGAACAGUUCCAGAUCCAAUCCACAUUGACGGGUGUUGCCCAAGCCGUAGUGGACAAAGUGGUUCGAAUCCAUCAUGAUACCUACAUGACAAAAGCAAGCAAAGGUGAUUUAUUGACCGGCGGAAAGAGGGAUGAUAUUACUCUCCUCAUUCGGAAUUUCAACUACCCCAUGCCUCGUUCCUUGACCAGUGGUGGCCCCCAUGUUCGGUUUGAUCCUGUGCCAACAAUAACCAACUACCCCCGGGCUGACCCAGAAUCAGAUGCUGCGGAUGAGUUAGAGCAACUUUGUAAAGAACUAUUAUCGACUUUAGCAGCAAUGGACGAUAAAGCUUCCCUUAAAAAAAUGUAUCCUCUCCUUGAUAAACUCUUGUCUUUAGUUCCUACACACAAUGUGAAAAUCCUGACCUGCCCUGUGGUUUUCCCCAAAAGCUACUUAAACUUUUCACAAGUCAUCUACCCAAGGAUUUUGUCCGAGUUGGUCAGACUUAUCAAGCCACCCAUUUCAAAGAACGUAUUGCAUCUGUUUGUUCUGGAAAAUGGAAAUCCGUACACUCUUCAAGCGGCUUUGAGCGUAUUGAGUGACGUUUUAAAGGGAACAAAACCAAGUAUUUAUCAAGACAGUAUUAUAGACAUAAUCGAAAAAUUAGUCAAAUCUGAAGCCCUUACCUCCGCAAUAAUUCUAAAGUCUCUCAGUAAAGAGUUUAAUGAUAUAUCAUGGAAAGAAAUGAUUCAAAUUUUGGUGUCAGUGCCAAACAGAAUCGCAAAUAGUGCAGAAACAAAACUUCCUAAAUACUGUAUACCAAGUAAUUUUGUAAAAAUUAUAUUUUGUCAUGUCAUCAAAGCCAUCAAAAUUUUGAAGGAGGCUAGAAAUUUGUACGAAAUUGAAGAUGAAAAACCAUUAUCCUUAGUAGUCAGUAAAACAGUUUCAAACUACGGAACCGUCAACUUAGAUAUGUUGAUAACGGUUUUUGAGGAAUGGAUUGUGCAAGAUGACAACUAUCAAUAUGUUAUUCAUUCACUGGUGAAACAUCUUGAUCGAAUAUCAAUCGAACCGAUACUACUAUCAAUCCUCCAAAAAGUCUCGAAUCUCACCACAUUGGUACAGAUUUUGCCAAGCUCAUUGCUGGACUCACAAAAUUGGACGUAUGUUUUAAUGAACAAGAUUCCUUUCAUGACUUAUUACUCAAACAAUCAAAUUUUGACCAACUAUAUUUCUUUCCUCGGGAAAAAUGACAAGUUGAAUGUUUUGAACGAUUUGAUUGUAAAGUUACUUAAAAUAUGGGGUGACAAAAGCGCUCUGAAUCAUACAUCUUUUGAGCAGCAUUUGUAUGUUUCCAAAUUAAUCUUGCUCGGUAUCAAUUUUCGAUAUCGUUGCAAUCAGUUGAAUGAAUCUUUCCAAAAAGAAAUCGAGCGGCAGUUGCUAUCAGCUGUGCCUCUUCAUUUGGAUUCGAGUGAUGAAAAGAUCCGAGCAAUUGGAAUGGUCUUAUCCGAGUCAGUGACAGGGUAUUUCUGGAAACCAACUAAAGAUGACUCCAUCAAAAAACUGGAGUUCAAUUAUACGACUAUGAAAAAUGAAAGUAAAGCAAUUGUGGAAGAGCUGAAAACUCUGGCAGACUUCAAAUUUGUGUUUGACACUCAAGUCAAAACAGACCCAGAGAUGGAGGAUCUGUUGAAACAUUUUGAAGCAGUCAUUAAAGUAAAUGAUGAGUCUUUUAAAGAAAAAAAAGAACCGGAAAUUAUCGGUAAUGUUGUGGACGGUGACUUGCUUUUAGAUAGUGAUGACGAUUUAGAACCUUACGACUUGUCAAAUGAUGUGAAAUUGUCAGUUAAAAAACAGCCAAAAUACUUACGGGACCUAAAAGAAGCUUUGAUGGAAGACAAAGACUACGAUGUUUGGUCUGCAGCUGUGGAUGUCUGUGAAGACCUAAUUAAAACUCAGUUACCGAAUGAGGAUGUAUCGUUCGCUCUAGACUUAGUCCAAUUGUUGAUCAGUUCAGAAGCGCAGUUUUAUUCCGAGAAAUUUGAUGAUGCCAGAUUUUCAAGCUGUGUUGCCAUAGUGAUGGUUUACCCAAACGAAGUAGCGACUUUGAUCGGUCAACAGUUUCAUGAAGUUGUUAAUAGAUACUCAAUUGCCCAACGACUUUUGAUGUUGGAUAUUCUUGCAGAAUCAGCUAAACAGUUAUCAAGUCCACAUUUAAAAGAAACCAACAAGUCUCUGGAAAAAGAAAAGGAUGUUGGCUGUAUGAUCAGUGAAAAAAUUAGAGCGAAUACCCGACGGAAGUGUCGACCAAAGAUCAUUCCGAAACUUAAGAUCAACGAGUAUUCUAAAGCUUGCGGAUCCUUCUUUUUUCCUUUGAUUCGAGGUAGUCUAAAAAACAAAGAAAUCAUGUUUCGAAAGAAAGAAAAAAAUUCGGCAAAUAAUGUCGAUGAUUGUAAUCUUUUACUGGUUCAUUUUUUGAACACACUAGCAAUUAUCAUGAUGGCUGCUGUCAAUUGUGCCAAGGUAACUAGAAUGGCUGCUGAACUUUUGGAGUUUGUUUGGUGGUUACGUUACCAUGCAGAGGUGAAAGUGCGUCUUGCAGUAAUUCACUGUUUCGCCUCUGUAAUUUUUGCUGUUCCUAGCUCACAGCUUUUAAGCGAUCUUAUCACUGAGUUAAGUGAAAUCAAAAUUUGGUUGGAGGAAAUUGUUAGUUCAGGGGGAAUUGCAUCUAGAAACAAUGAAGUUGAUUCGAAUUGUCGUGUUUUUGCAUCGCAAGUUCUAAUGUUUAUCAACUUUAAAAUGAGUGAUCAGUUUGAAGGACUGAACUCAUAGAUCUCAGCCCCUGUUACUAUCUCAGUUCCUUAUUUUCUGUUUAAUUUUAAGCCUUUUGCCAAGUGUUCUUAUUUCUGGAAAUUAUCUCAAAUUUUUCUUUGCAGUCAAGAAAGUUCCAGGUCUCUUUUACCAAGCUAAUAAUUUUAGUUGAAAGAUUUGUCAAAAGAAUAAAUUCCAUGUCUUAUAUAGACCAAUUUGUAUGUAGAAUGUAAAUACUUCAAAAAAUAAAUUUGUUUCGUUUUCGUAAAGAA